AACGAAUCUGAUUAGAUCUGGACUCCCCAUCCUGCACUGCUCGUUGAUCACGAGAUCGACAGUUCACAUUGGGUUAACUCCGUAUCCAAUCCCAUCCGCACAAUUGUGAGAUGGUCUUCUUCCUCUGGCUGUGGGUACAGCAGUGCCCGCGCAGCCCUCGACGACGAGCACGUCGGCGCGCCCACAGCGACAGAGCUACGUUCACGAGCCAUCCUGAGGGACCCGACCCCCAAGAGUACUUGUUGGUGAGGUGGCAGCCAAGCACGACGAUCAUCGCACGGCAGACAAAGUUCUCCGCCGCCAUGAGUACGAUGUCCCGCGCCUGGCGACCAGCUUCUGCUCCAUCAGCAUGCACAACCGGGUAGGCUACGGCCAGCGAUUGGUUGCCCAGAAGCAGAUCGUCGAUGGAGACACCAGCGGGUCGUUUCCGGAUUCCGCUCGAUUUACUAGCGAUUCCGCGGCCAGCAUGAAGGGGAAAGAGAUGGUGAGUGGGCCCCACCAAGCAGAGAAACGAUCCACAAGCACGAGCUUGCGCGCGGAGACUGGGUGGCCGGCCAAUGGGCCUCGCAUGGCGGUGGUGCGGCGCGAGCGUAUGGAAAAUGGGACCCACAUGUCGGCGCGUUGGCGGUGUUUCUUGGGCCGCACGAGGGACAACGAGCAGACCGAGGUUCCUGAGUGUGUUGUUGGAGACCUCCCUGAGCAAUCAUCUGGUGAAGGCAAGUGUCCUCUGACCCAUUAUGUCCUACAUACUUUAUGAUUCACUGUCCCGCAUUACUUUAUGAAACCUAAGGAUUGACUAGUUUGUAUUCACUUAUCCUUGUUUACCUUUUUGGGUUAUCAUGGUUAGCAUGUUGCUAUUGCCUUAACUUAAUCAAUGAACAUGAUGUGAACAUUUAUGAUACGAUACUGUUAUCCUGAUUAUGUGGAUGAUCUUGUGAUACCUUAGGGGGCUCGAUACUUUUUCCUGAGUACCUCUCCGUAAGGACCUGUUCGUGGAGUGACCACCUGGGAUAACAGUACAACCAUGAGGGUGGAAUGGGACGCCCUUAGCUGAUUAAUUAGAUGAACCUCGGGGUGUAGUUGGCUUUCCCGGAGGGCCGUCAAUGGGGGUCGGGGCGCAGUGCUCGCUCUGCUAAGGUUGGGGUGCAGAGGUUCUUUCGAUUUGGUUUUGUUAGUCACCCACCUUGGGGAGGUGUACUACGUUUGUACGACUGGCGAAACCUAAUGAGCAGCUAUGCACCAGGGGAGUCUUUGUAAAGGCUAUGUAGUGUAUCCCUGGCCAUUCACCUGGGUAGUGAAGAUCGGGUCUGUACAACCCAGGCUGGAAAGGGAUCACGACUUGUGGGUAAAGUGUACAACCUCUGUAGAGUGUUAAAAACUGGUAUAUCAGCCGAGCUCACGGUUAAGAGCAGCCUUGGGAUCCUCUUUGAUUAGAAGAACUUUGGAUACUUUUAUGUUGAUGAUUAACAAUGAUGUUAUAAAAUCUGAUCUCUGGUAUUUCCUCUUUUGAGGAGGUACUUCUGGGUAAUAACGAGGUUUAUUACUAAAACUUGGCACUACUAAUAGUAAUAAAUACUUGACCAACUAAAUGCAACUGCUUAACCUCAGCUCCAUAUAUAGCUAGUCCACUUUAGCCAAACGGGACAUUUGCUGAGUACAUUGAUGUGUACUCACCCUUGCUUUACACACCACCCCCACCCUAGUGUACCCAAUGCUCAGGAGGUGAUGCUCGCAACAUGGAUGACUUCGAGGAGUUUCAGGAAUAUGACCAGUUCUAGUUCUUUCUUAGUGGCAAACCCCCAGUCAGUUGCCUAUGUAGGCUUAGCAUCUUCGUAUUUCCGCAGCUUGAUAAUUAUGUUGAACAAUGGUUAUGUAUUAGACUCUGUGGAUGUCUUGGACAUCUUGAUGUAAUCAAGUACCUUUCCGCUAUUUAUUUCGAUCAUUGUGUGACGAUGUCCAAUUAUGUAAUCAUUGUGUAUGUGAGUUUCUGGUCUUGG